AUAAGGUAUUAGUCUGUGGUUGACUGUCGUGAAAUUUACGUGUGUUCAGGAAUUCAGGUUUUGAUUUUGAAACCACGAAACAUUUGUGGCAAAAAGCUUAAUUGAUAUAAUAUACAAAACAAUAUUAAUUUUAAUCAUUUACCAUAUAUUAAUUUGUUUUAUAAAUCUUUAAAAUUAGUAAACAGAAGUAAUACAAAACUUAAAAAAGCCAAAAUGAGUACAACCUCAAAUUUAAUUGUUUCAUCGCCACACGUGAAAUAUACUGAUGAUUACAUAUUUUCUGAAUACGAAUAUAACGAAACAUUAGUAACAAAAACGGAUAAUGAAAUUGUGGCCAAGCCGUACCGCACAUCAUUAUCUAUCCGCACUGGUCGGAAAAUAGGAAAAGUAGGAGUGAUGUUAGUGGGCUGGGGUGGUAACAAUGGGUCUACAUUCACAGCAGCUGUACUUGCUAACAAGCAUAAAGUCACAUGGAACACUAAAAAUGGUCAAAUGGAUUCCAAUUGGUUGGGUUCCAUAACACAAGUGUCGACGGUACGUCUCGGUAUCGACGAGAAAGGGAAGGAUGUUUUCGUAACGAUGUCAAAACUUCUGCCGAUGGUACAUCCCGAUGAUUUGGUGAUCGACGGAUGGGACAUCAGCCCAUUGAACCUGGCAGAAGCCAUGGUCCGCGCCAAGGUCAUCGACUACGAACUCCAGCAGAAGCUUCGCAAGGAAAUGGCGACAAUGCGCCCCCGGCCCGCGAUAUACGACCCUGACUUCAUUGCAGCUAACCAGGCGGAUCGCGCAGUCAACCUCAUCCCGGGAACUAGAUAUGAGCAAUAUCUUCAAAUUCGAGCUGAUAUAAAGGACUUCCGGGACAAGAAUAAGCUGGACAGGGUCAUUGUGCUUUGGACGGCAAACACUGAAAGGUUCUGCGACGUUACCAAAGGUGUUCAUGACACUUCUGAGAAUUUGGAGCGUGCACUCCGUCAGAACAAUCUCGAGAUAUCGCCCUCUACGAUAUUCGCACUAGCCGCUAUCGAUGAAGGGUGUUGCUACAUUAAUGGUUCACCGCAAAACACGCUAGUUGAUGGCGUUGUUGAGCGAGCCGAAAAAAUGGGCGUCUUUGUAGCCGGAGAUGACUUUAAGUCCGGUCAGACUAAACUCAAGUCUGUACUUGUCGACUUCCUGGUUUCGGCAGGUCUGAAGCCAGUGUCGAUCGUGAGCUACAAUCAUCUAGGUAAUAACGACGGCAAGAAUCUGUCCGCUCCGAGACAGUUCCGCUCUAAGGAGAUAUCGAAGAGCAACGUGGUGGACGACAUGGUGGCCUCCAACGCGCAGCUGUACGCGCCCGGGGAGAAGCCUGACCACGUGGUCGUCAUCAAGUACGUGCCAUAUGUCGGUGACUCCAAGCGCGCCAUGGACGAGUACACUUCGGAGAUCCUGCUCCACGGGACCAACACGCUCGUGGUGCACAACACGUGCGAGGACUCGCUGCUCGCCGUGCCGCUCAUACUGGACCUCGUCGUGCUCACUGAUCUCUUCUGCAGGAUCUCCUACCGCAGGAACGACUCCGAAGAGUGGGGCGCGAUGCACAGCGUGCUGUCGGCGCUGGGCUACCUGCUGAAGGCGCCGCUCGUGCCGCGCGCGGCGCCCGUGGAGCACGCGCUGGCCGCGCAGCGCGCCGCGCUCGCCGACGUGCUGCGCGCCUGCCUCGCGCUGCCGCCCGCGCACCGCAUGCGCCUCGAGCACAGGGUUCCGUUCCUGAUGUCGGAUCUGCGCUCGGGCGUCAUGUUCGAGUCCUCGCCGCCUCCGAAGAAACAGAAAUUAACUCGAGAAAAUGGCGAUAAGUAAAAUAUUUAAAUAUAUAUGUUUAUAUAUACAUGGUUGGAUUCUAGAACAGAAUAUUUAUUUGUUUUGUCUCGGAGAUAUCGUUUAUUGUUCCUUAGUUAUGCGAAGCACAAACGGUUAGCCGCUUUGAAAGCGUGACAUUAACACACAAAUAUUAUAUUUCUUACAGUAUUCGAUAUGAUAUCUUAUAUUUUUUUUUAAGUUGUGAUUUUGUCUAAGACUACAUUUCUCUGUUCCAAAUUUAAAAUAAUUAUAUAAUUUAGGUAAUUUAUUUUGUAUUUAUAUUUAUUAAGUUUCACGUUUUAGAUAAAUUGUAAAAACAAUAUAAUUGUGUAAUAGAAGUGUUUUCGGUAAUAUAAUAUUUUAUGUUUAUUUCGGCUGUGGUUUAGUGAAUUAUUAUUUCGAAUAGAAAACAUUAUAGUUUAGUUUCCAACAUAGUUAUUCUCUUACAUUCCUAAUUUAUGAAAAAUAUUUAAAAAAUAUCGAAUCAUUUUGUUUUAUUUCAUAUAGAACAAAUUAGUUUGUGAAGGAAAGUUUAAACAUUGUAUGUAUGUAUGUUUAAUUAUACUAUAUUUUAUAAAUUUUCUAGGAAGCUUCUAAAGUUAUAUAUUUUUUUCUACUAUAAAUAAACUCCAACACUAUUUGAUGUUUCGAUGUCUUUACAAAACUUGUAUAUAUGUCUUAAUUAUAAAAAUAGAUUUAAAGUAGAGUGGAUUAAAAAUAUUGAAAAAAUAAAAUUAUGUUCAAUUAAAUUUUAAAUUGAAAAUUAAAAUCCAUUCUCCAUGUGUCAAUCUUAUAAAUUGUUUUUACUUGCAGUCUAGUUCAGAAAUCUUUAGUUACUGCCAAUAUUUUUAUAGUCGAUUUAUAAACAAAACAAAAUUAUAUUUAUACAAUAUAAAAAAAUAAAUAAGAGAUAUUCUUUUUCGAUUUCUUAUUAAUAUUUCAAGCCUGAAUGGUGCAAAACUUUUGCCUUCUACAAGAGAAAAGAUAUAAAUUAAAAAAAUAGUAAUAAGAUAUCUACAUAUAUAAUAAUAAUCUCAAAAAAUCUCUUAAUAAUAAAUCAGUAUUAAAAAUAAUCUGAUGUAUAAUGUAUUAUAUAAAUCCAGUAUUUUUUAAUGUAAUAGGUUUUUUUUUGUUUAAAUGCAUUUAUAGAAUUACAUCUAAAUAUUUAUCGUUAAAAAAUUUAUGAAUCGUCUUAAAUAAACCAAAGUUGUGUAAUUUGGUCGUUUAUUUUGAAAUUAUUUAAAAAAGAUAUAUUUAUAGAAAAUUGAUCUAAAACUAAGUGAAUGCUCUUGUAAAAUAUAUCAAGUCUUACAAUAUUUAUUUAUUGUAUUGAAUUGAAUUAGAAAAAAAGAGACAGAUACACUAUAAAAAAAGGGCGAGGAGGGUAUUACAUAGUACCGCUGUAAGAUGUUACGUAGUAUUGUUUUUUUUAUUUCACAUUUAUUUAAGAUUUAUAUAAGUUUCAGUAAUGUAAACAGUAGUUUAUUACAAAAUUCCUAUUUGUGUAGUAUUUCCAAAGGCGUGUUGUUAAUUGUACGCACUUGUAUUGAAAUAAACUUAUUCUUGAAUUA